AUGGUUAAGGCCUACCUGAACUAUGAGCAGUCUGCUGCCUUUGGCUUAACAGCCACACCCACGGCCAACCUUCAGCUGCUCCCAGGAGUGGGGCCCCACAGCAGUAGUAGCACAAACAGCGAUUUGGUUUGGUGCUGCUGUGGCAGCGAGGCGGUACUGUGGCACACGCAGCAGCGACAGCGGCUGCUGCGGCUGCGGGUACCCGCAGUAGUGACUCCAGAUGGAGAUGUCGAGGGGUUCAGACAGCGUGCCACGGUUGUGGCAGCAGCAGAAGCUGCUGCUGCUGUUGCCGUUGGCUACAGCGACGGCAGCAUCCGUAUCUGGUCAGUCGACACUACUGCUGCUGCUGCGGCAGUGCUACUGCAGCAGCAGCCCGAGAUAGGGCCGCCAACGCUCGAGCUGCAAGGACAUAGAGGCAAUGUGAACGCACUGCAAUGGGCGGCGAGCAGCAGCAGCGUCAUCAACAAUGGCGGCGGCAGCAGUAGCAGCAGAGAAGAUUUGCUGUUGUCAGGGGGUUCAGAUGGAGACAUCAUUGUGUGGGAUGUGGAGAGCGGCAGCGGCCGCUGCCGCCUACGUGGCCACACACAGCCAGUCACUGCGCUGCUAGCACUGCAGCCCAAUGCAGCGGCAGCCGCAGCAGACGCCCCAGAAGUGGGCAAUGAAAAUGCACCGGAGGAACGGCGGAGCAAGAAACGCAAGGAGCCUGCCUCUGGCGAAGCGGAAGGCACCAGCAACUCAAGCAACAGCAGUAGCAGCAGCAGCAGCGGCAGUUUGCUGUUGGUAAGCGGGUCGAAAGACGGCCUCAUCAAAAUAUGGGAUGUCUGUCUGCAGCUAUGUCUUUACACGGCAGUGGAAGCUGCAGAGGCUGCGGAAGUGUGGGCAAUAGCAGUCAACGCUUGUCAGACUCGUCUUUUUGUGGGCGGAGGAGACUACAAAGUUCGGGUAUUUGCCCUGCACUUAAGGCCGCCAGCAGCAACAGCAGCAGCAGCAGGAGCAGCAGGUGUGGAAGCAGCAGCAGCACAAAGCAUCUGGGCCAUGACUACAUACUUGGGGUCUGUACACCCCAACCGCAGCAGCAAAAAGCAGCGUAUCCGCCAGUUGCAGUUUGUGCCGACUGGAGAGCCCCUUUCUGCAGCUGCAGCCACAGCAGCAGCAGCAGCAAGCCAACCGGUGCUUACUGGAGGCCUGCUGCUAUGCUGCAGCGGAGGGUCUCGCAUUAUUGAUGUUUUCCGCUGCUACAAUGCAGCUGAGAAUCAGCAGCAACAACAAAAGAGAGAGAGGCGACUGCUGCAGAGACUUAAGAAGAAACAGAAACAGCAAGAGGACAGUCACGAUGCAAAUCAGCAGCAGCAGGCCGGCGUGGAGGAGGAGCAGCAGCAGCGGCUUGGUGAAGUGCUGUUUGUGGGCUCGCUGCAUGCUGAUGCGUCAAUAAAAGGAUUCCACGCUCGCGUGGCCAGCAGCAGGAGUCACAUGUGUGUCCGCAUUUGCCUAAACCUCAGCAACAACUCGCUGGAACUGUGGAAAGCAAAUCCGGCGCUGCUACGCAAGCACAGCCUGGACUCUGAGGCGGCGUUUGAACGGGUGUCUUUCAUAUCUUGUGGAGGGCACGCGGGACAAAUGAGAAGUCUGAGCACAUCACAUGACGACGGAUAUAUCCUGUCAACGGCUGAUGAGGGAGCCAAGAUUUGGAAUGUUGCGAGAGCGCGCUGUGUAAAGACGCUGCCGUGUGAAGAGCCGCAGUGCGGUUUCGUUGUGGCCGGUAAUGAACAUAUCGUGCUAGGAUGCAGGAACGGGCAGCUGGUGCUCUUUGACUUGGGAGCUGCCGCCUUGCUGCAGCGGACAGAAGCACAUGCAGCAGCAAUUAAUGCACUAGCUGAACAUCCCAAGCACACUGGAUUUGCGUCAGCGUCUAGUGAUAGGACGGUUAAGUUGUUUGCGUUUUACCUGGAAGACAUUGACAGCGCUUUCUCAGGGAAAAAGAAAGAGAAACAGCAGGAGCACCACGAGCAAGAACAACAACAGCAGCAAGUUUGUGUCCGUUGCGAAGGCUCGUUCUCUGUGCCUGACGAAGCUCUAGAUGUAGCUUUCGACCCCACUGGCAACUUGCUGAUUGUUGCUCUCAUUGACCAUACUAUACUCGUGCUUCAUGCAGACACAGGCCGCAUUCGUUUGUCACUAUACGGCCACAAGCUGCCAGUAACAAGCAUUUCUGUGGCUUCAUCUGGGGCCUUGUUAGCCUCUGGCUCUGUAGACAAGUCACUGAAAAUUUGGGGACUAGACUUUGGUGAUAUACGGAAGAGCUUCAGGGCACACGAUGAGGCAAUCACAAAAGUUUCCUUCCUGCCGUUGACUCAUUACGUGCUGUCUGUGUCCCUAGACGGCUUUAUAAAACAGUGGGAUGUAGACCGGCAGGUGCUAAUUAAGGUGUUUGCAUGUGGAGCUGCCGCGAAGGGAGGGGGACUUGGGGGUGCUCCCCUGCUGGCUUUGUGCUUGUCAGCGGAUGGGGACUACUUCUGCUGCUGCGACAGCAGCAGGCAGCUGCACUUAUGGCGGCGCACGGAGGAGCAGGUAUUUGCUGAGGAACAGCAGGAGAAGCGGUUGCUGCAGCAGCAGCUGCUAGAUUCAGAGGGAUUCGAUGCAGCAGCCGCAAAUACUGCUGCUACUGCUGCUGCUACUGCAGCCACUGUCGUUCUAGAUAGACCUACUAGACGGACAGACGAGGUGUUGAGGACAGCCGACAAACUUAUUGAGGCGCUGCAAGUGGCGCGUGAUCAGUGGUCACAAGACGAGGCUUACGCGGCCUGCUUUCAACGGUGGACCGAGACUGUUGCCCGCGCAGCGAAAAAAUCGGGAGCAGCAGUAGCAGCUGCUGCCAACCCCAUUCCCGCACCAUCGGCCACACGGCCGGAGCUUCUGGGGCGCUCUGCAAACGAGCAUUUACUGAAGUGUAUAUAUAGCAUCAGAAGUUCGGAGGCAGCAGAAGUGCUGUUGGCCCUGCCUGUGGACUACGCGCUCCAGUUGCUGCAGUUCCUGACAGAGUUCUUGGAGAAGGAAGCUGAACGACGAGCCAUCCCUAGCGCACCGGAGGGCAGUGCAGAAAUACCCCAGCAACUGCUGAAGCACGCUGUUCCUGGACCCACGGAGUUGGCGGUGCGCCUGGCGCUACAUCUUGUUCAGCUGCACUUCAGGCUGUUUAUAGCGUCGGAGAAGCACAGGGCUCUUGUCCUUAGACUUCGGUCCGCCGUGAGGCCUUUGCUGCUGCAACAAAGGGAUGCCCUGCGGUUUAACGCCGCCGCAAUGGGGGUGCUGCUGCGGUGCAUGAGCACCAAUAGCAGUGAUGCGCUACAGCUGCUGAAGCAGCAAGUGUCAGUAACAAUGGGGCCACCCAAAAAGAAAAGACACAAAGCAGGCACGGCUAUCUCGUCCCUCUGA